AUGCAAGUUUUAUCGGGUUUUAAUUUGAGGCCGGAGAUGACCAAGCAAGGGAAUACUUUUUAUUUCAAUAGAAAUUUUCUCCCCUUUGCGAAGCGGGAAAGGACCGUGGGUAUUCCUACUCAGUACACAAGAGCAAACACAGGCAGAGACAUGAAUAAACGCGGUGGAAGACCUUACACUUUUUACUUGGCAGUAUUCUUCAUGAUGACCAGUGCAUUUCUAUACUUCUCGAAUUCCAGCCUCAAAGCCGAACUCGACCAAAGAUCCGAUGAAAUAUCAGAUUUGAACAACGCCAAGCUCCAAAAAAUGCAGGCAAUUGAUGUUCUUCAAGCCGAGCUUGAAAAGACUCAGCACGAGCGGAACAUCGUCAAGAAUGACCUUGAUGAGGCAAAUGAAAAUAUCGAAACGCGGAAUUCGCAGAUUGAAAAUUUAAAAUUCGACAUUGGAAAACUGGAAAGCGAGAAAAGCAAUUUGGAGAGCGAAAGGGACAAUUUGAAGGAUGACAAGCUCUAUGCUGAAAAUCAGCUGGAUGAUUUGGAGGAAUUGAGAGCGAAGAAAAAUGAACUGGAGAAUAUUGUCGAGGAAAAUAAAUUGGAAAUGGAGAGCAAAAACGCGGAAAUUGAAAAGCUCAAAAAAGAUCUUGAAGAUGCCGAAACGCUUAUUGCGAACAUUGAAGGUCUCGCAACAAAUGCGAAAGAAACGCUUCGCAAAAACGCGGCGGAAAACGUUGCCAAGGCCGCCGCCGCCCCAGCUCCAAAAAUCGUCUCCCUAGAAGCCAAACCAGCUGAGCUUCAAGCUCCUGCUACAGCUGCUCCAGUUAUCCAGGAUGUGAAUGAAAUUUCUGAUGAAGACGAUGAGGAAGAUAAUGAAACAGUCUCGGAGAGCACUAGCACAGAAGUUCAAAAAGAAACCAGCACAGAAAAGAAUUCAAUCACAACAAUGAGCGAAGCAGAUCAAUCUGAUGAUGAUGAGGAUGAAUCUGAUUUCAGUCUGCUGGACGAAAACGGCGAUCUCAAGGAUUUCGAUGAUGAGGAGGAACAAAACGACGAUUUUCCAUGA